AUGGCAUCUAUCAAGGUCGGCGACACCAUCCCUGAGGGCACCUUCAAGUACGUUCCCUAUACCUCCGAGCUCGAGAGCGGCCUGGCUUGUGGCAUCCCCACGACGCUGUCGACGAACGAUUGGAAGGGGAAGAAGGUGGUGCUCUUCUCCGUCCCCGGGGCGUUCACCCCCACAUGCCAUGUGAACCAUCUCCCACCCUACAUCCAGAAGUACGAUGAGUUCAAGGCCAAGGGCGUUGACGUCGUCGCAGUUGUCGCAGCGAACGAUCCCUUCGUUAUGAGCGGCUGGGGUCGUGUUGAGGAUCUCAAGGACAAGAUCCUUGCCCUCUCCGACACAGAGGCCAAGUGGUCGAAGUCGAUCGGUCUGGACAAGGACCUUACUGCUGUUGGCCUUGGUAUCCGUACCGCUCGCUAUGCCCUGAUUCUCGAUGACCUCGUUGUCAAAUACGUCGGAGUCGAACCUGCUGCUGGUGUCUCUGUUUCAGGUGCCGAUGAAGUUCUCGCCAAGCUCUGA